AUGAUGCGCCCGCGCGACCCGCGAAUCCGUCAGCGGAUCAAUCAGAUCUCGCAUAACCUAGAGUCCGCCAACGAGUCCGCUCAGGAGGGUCUAUACACCUUCUCCCAGAAUUACCUCUCCCCGUGUCUGAGCAGUAUUGGCAGCUGUGUGCAGGCCUGCACGGCACCUUGCCUGCCCAGUCGCGAGGACCAACUUCGGCGUCGUCGACGCGGUCGUGCGGAGGCUAACUUUGACUUUUACGAUGAUUGGGAUAAUGAGGAGGGGGAGGAGGGUAUUCUUGGUUGGGGUACUGGCGAGCUUGAUCGAUUGCUGGCUGGUAGUGGGCUUGCUCGUGGGGGUAAUGCGGAACAGCCGCGACGACAGAGGAAGAUGAGCUACGGGACUCGUCAGACGAGAAGGCGGAGCACGGUGCAUAUCCCGGAUAACCGCUCUGAUCCUACGGUUAUACCGAGCUCGUCACUGAUUGGAUUCCUCGAGCGCUUUCCGUGGCGGUUUGGUGCCAAGGGCGUUAAGUAUCGGCCUUCUGCUGCGGAUCUGCAAGAGCACCCGGGUAGUCACCGUCGUCAUACGCAGGAGGAUGAGCCAUUGAUGGAGGCCGCGGAAGAAGAUGGGGAUUACGUUUCUUAUCAAAACCAUGGGAGGGGGCGGAGUGGUACGCAGUCAUCGCGGGGCACGUCGAACUCGCUGAGUUCUCGGGGUGAUUUGUUCCCGAGCGACGAGGAAGAAGAUGCGGUUCCGCUGGAUGAUGAGUUCGCGCUUGUCUUUGGACGGCGAAACACGGGCCUUGAAUCGGAUGAUCAAUCUGGCACGAAGACCGAGAUGGUUAGAUCGGCCUCGGGCACGUCGAGCCUGGGCGAUGCAUCAUCCAAGAAGUCCAAGCGGAAGAAAAAGAAGCGCUCCUCGACCAAGACGGCCAUGAGCAUGGACCAGGAUGUCGUUCAGAGCAUUGAAACACCGUCAAUUGCGGAUCUCAAAAUGGAAGAGGAGCAAGUGGCCCGGGAAGAAGAAUCUACGGUCCAGAAAAAGCGACUCGCGGCACAACAAUUGGCUUUCAAGCGCGGCCUGGAGCCGAGCAGUGCUGAUAUGUCUCCAAAAACCUCCAUCUUCGGAAACCAAACGACCGGGGCCUCUCCAAACAACAGCCCCAAAAUAGUAGCACGAAACCAAUUCUCAGAGGGCCACACCAGGCCACCCAGUGGCUCUUCGGUUCGCCGAUACUCAGGGGACCAAAUCGAGCCAUUCCCACCAUUCCCGCUACCGGCAUCUUCAUUACCCACUCCGCCUCCCGGUGCCGCUUUGGCUUCCUCUCGACCUGGCUCACUGAACGCCGAUAGCGGCACGGAAAAUGACCCCGAAGACAAUGGCGAAGAGCCCCAUUAA